AUGGAUCUAAUGCGCGGUGUGGUCUUUGAAGAUGAGCCUUCCAUCGUAGAUGUUCUCUAUAAUGUGCUAAUAUCGGAAUGGUUAAAGUUUAUUCACCGAGUGCAAGAAAAGAGGAAUCGGCGUAGAGUUCAUUGCGUAGAGGUUGAAGGAUCUGUCACAUACAUAAAGGAGGAAGUAGACGAUGCAGACAUAAUGAACCUCUCGCAAAACCUGAGAGACCUGAGAACCGACCAUGGCUACGGUUCUGCUGCUCUCGGUUUACUGGUUAUGCUCGACUUCUGCGACGAUCCUGAGGCUGAACCGUUGACGCGGAGAGUUCUCUUCGUUGUCUUUGAUGUCAUUAGAGAGAAACUGCAGUUGGAACAUAGUCAGCUAACUCACUUUAUCUCAUCACUUGUCAAUGACAAUACUCAUCCUGAGGUUUUGUCAACGCAUAAUUACAGAACGUUGUUGGAUGAUAGGUACGUCAUUGUCAAUUUGAAUUUAGCUUCUUUUUUAUCUCAUGUUGCUUACUGUUUCAUAUUCUCUGGCACGUCCAGUUUCAAAGAAUAG